AUGGGUGCCUGGAUUAUAGUGGGUAGUUGGAAUAUACAGCUAGCCAGCUUUCAUGCUGGUAUUAGUGGGCUGGAUGGAUCACAGCCUCCAGGAUAUUUCCAGUGGUUUGGAAAGAACACUAGUGGGAUUCUAUUGGGCCAGUAUGACUUCCUGACAUUUCCAGUUAGCUGGGUCAGAUCCCUUGCCAUUGGCUGGGAUGGAUCACAAACUCCAGGCUAUUUACAGUGGUUCAGAAGGCAUUCCAGUGGGACAGUAUUGGGCCAGUAUAUGUUCCAGCCAAUUCCAGUCAGCUGGGUUAAAUUCCCAGUUGAUGACCAUGACCCAGGACAGACACCUACCAGCCACAAUAUAGUGGGCCAGCACAGGUCCAGGGCUGGUGGCAGUUGUUUGGCAUCAAUUCUGAACCAACUCCAGUUGGCCAGGAUGGAUGACACCCUCUGGGCUAUUUACAGUGGUUCAGAAGGCACUCCAGUGGGAUUCUGUUGGGCUGGUAUAUGUUCUGGCAAAGUCCAGUCAGCUGGGCCAAAUUCCCAGUAG